AUGACCCCUCCCGCCAGAGUUCCAAAAGCCAUCAUCUUACUCAUAGAGACUGGGUGCAUGCGGUCAAGCAAGGCUGCAACAUUUGUAACCUGCUGCACGAUGCGGCUUUCACCAGGAGUCGCUGUCCAGCUUGAAAAGUUUGAUCUCGGAAUCAUCAAGGAUACAAGCGGGCGUCGUACAGAGGCAGAGCCUCUGGAUUGCUUUCUUAUAUGGACACAGCUUGCUGUUUCCCAUCAACACCCAAUUCUCAGGAUUAUCUUAGAAGCCAAUGCGUCAAGGGAAGGUUUUGAAGGCCCGAUACCAAUGACAACUAGUGUGACCCUUAUUCAAACGGAUCUCUGUCAUAGCUCUAUCGCAAGCUCUUCGUCCUUACAAGAGGCGCUUGGCCCUUCGAGCGAUUCAGAUACUGCUUGGGAUGUGAUGAGACAUUGGAUCAGUCAAUGCCAGCAAAAGCAUAUUGACCGCGGUCUCCGGCCUUAUGCGGUGGUACCAUGGUAUCCAACUCGACUGCAGGAUUUAGGAGACCCAAAAUCGAUAAGCGUGCCGCGAUUGAUUGAGACGGCAACCAAUUUGCCGAAAGGCCCUUACCUAACAUUUAUACACAGUCUCCCGAGAACAUUCCAAGAUGCAGCGACUGCAACUGGUAACCUGGGCUAUCGGUAUCUCUGGAUUGAUACCGUAUGCAUUGUGCAAGACGAUGAGGAAGACUGGGCCAGAGAAGCGGCUUUAAUGUAUAAAGUGUAUACUACCGCAGAAUGUAACCUUGCCGCGGCAGCUUCACGAGACAGCAGUGGAGGCCUGUUCUUCAAACGUACUGGGUUGCAUGGCCAAUGUGUCGCACAGAACGUGCGGGGGGACGUCAUUGACUGCUUUGCCGACGAUGAACUAUUCCAGAGGGAAAUCAAGCACUCCCCUCUACAGCAGCGUGCAUGGGUGCACCAAGAGUGGUUAAUGUCAAAAAGAACGAUUCACUUCGCCAGAAACCAGGUCUUCUAG